AUGACCCUCCUUCACACUUCGGCAGUGGCUCUGCUACUGCUGGUGUCUACAUUGUUCACAUUGUCAUCGGCCACAUAUGUCUGCACAACCCAAGAUAGCCCGAAUCCCAUUGCCCAGCAAUACCCGUUGAAGGUCUCCGGCACUCUCAACGGAACCACGCUGAUCGUCCCCAUCUCAUUGAUUAGCGCGCGACAAAUUAUUCCCAAGAAUUACACAAUCCUGGUGAACAGCUAUCGCUCUCUUCUACCCUCUUUCCCGGAUGGCAUGUACCCCAUGAUGGUUUCGGCCCUGCACGACCACGACAUUCACUUUCCGGCACUCAACCUGACCACCCCUAGCUUUUCUCGUGCUUCACUGGAGUUCCCAUUUCUGGACAUCCUGGGCGACCACUACAGUACCUUCCGAUGGGCUGGGACUAUAAUGAUCACUAACACGAACCUGAUAGCAAUCAGGGGCUCUAUGAAUUACGGCAUCAAGGUAUAUCCUACUGCGUUCGAUCCUCCCUGCGAUGCCUACAGAACCCUCGAAAACGGCACCGCCCGCUUUUGGGCACACAGCUCCAACGGCACGGUCUCGGAGAACAAAUACAUGCUUGUCGAGACGCAGAAGUGCCCCUAUGCUCCCUAUCCCAUGGACUUCAUCAGGAAUAUAACGAACCAGCCUGUUUUUGCAAACACCAUGUCGUGCGACAAUUAUAUAAGGCUGUACAACACCUCGCUCACCUCAUCGCCGCACGAGCCUGUGUCGGUCAAGGGGACGGUUACGGCCAAUCUUGAGCCCUUCACCACUCCACAGACUUGGAAGAACGUGUAUGGGUGGCAGUUCGCCACGGCAUUCCUGGAACCUCCUCUGCCGUUGACUUGUGAAAGUCUGAAGGGCUUUCAAGACAGUUGA